AUGUCCAUAACUAAGAUAUUUUCUAUUUGCAUAUGCAUCUGCAUUGCUGCUAUCGGCGCUACUGAUGUAGAGACUCCAGUCAUAAACAAUCCGAAAGCCAACUUUGAUGUCAGUUCAGAUACGCUACCAGACGGUGCUAUACAAGAUAUCAAGCCUACACAACAACAAGGAGCCUUUGUAAUCGAUUUAGUUCAAAACCUAUUAUUUGGUGAACAAGAAGAACUUGAAUAA